UGUCAUCCACUGGGUUUGCAGUAAAGGGGCGGUGCCGCUUUAACACGCGGCGCGCGCUCCCGCGGACGUCAAAAAGGCUGGCGGCGGUGACGCUGAUGUGUUUGGUGCCACGACGGCACGGACAGACUCGGCUGACAGGACGGUUCUUCACUCAAGCAGCCGCUUUGCUCCGGCCAGCAGGAAGUGUCUGAUGAGUACUUUUACAGCCAGCUGAUGGCAUCCACUUUCAACUGAAAAUAGUCCAACAGCUGCUUGCGAUGGAGCUGAAGGAGUGACAGGCUUAAUGCUACAGGAUACGAUUAUACAACUUUUUUUUUCUAAUUUCUCUUGAUCAAACAUUUAUUUUGAUCGAGUGGAACCAUGGGGGCCACAGGCUACCGCUACUACCGGGGGACAAUCUUCUGUUGCAUGUUCAUUGGCUACAUGCUCUAUUUCUUCAACAGGAAGACAUUCUCCUUUGUCAUGCCCGCUGUGAUGGAUGAAAUUAGCCUGGACAAAGAUGACUUGGGUCUGAUCACCAGCAGUCAGACCAUGGCAUACGCCAUCAGUAAAUUCAUCAGCGGUGUGUUGUCGGACCAGAUUAGUGCCCGCUGGCUUUUCUCCAUUGGCCUCUUUGUGGUGGGAGGCAUCAACGUGGUUUUCUCCUGGUCUUCUACUGUGAAUAUGUUCGCUGUGCUCUGGUUCGUUAACGGGCUGGGACAAGGCUGCGGCUGGCCGCCAUGUGGGAAGGUCCUACGUAAGUGGUUUGAGCCGUCCCAGUUUGGAACAUGGUGGUCUGUGCUGUCCUGCAGCAUGAACAUGGCAGGAAGUCUAGGUCCGAUAUUGGUCACCGUACUCCUCCACUACUAUGACUGGAGGACCAUUCUAACAAUGUCAGGCAUCUUCUGUGCUGCCUUCUCGCUUGUGACCCUAUUGUUGGUGAAGAAUGAACCAAAGGACGUGGGCCUUCCCAGUUUUGUGAUAGUGGCCAAGAAGGGAGCAGAGCGAGGCAUCAGUGAAAGCACCCUGAGUGAGUUCCUUCUCUCGCCGUUUCUUUGGGUGCUGUCUCUGGGCUACCUGGUGGUGUUUGGGGUGAAGACAGCUGCAACUGACUGGGGGCAGCUGUUCCUCAUGCAGGAGAAAGGCCAGACUGCUCUAAUGGGCAGUACGUACAUGAGUGCCUUGGAGGUGGGAGGAUUCCUUGGCAGCCUUGCUUCAGGCUUUAUCUCUGACAGAGCUGUUGCACGAUGUGGCUUGGGCACACAUGGCAACCCCCGCCAUGGCUUGCUGAUUGUAAUGAUGGCUGGUAUGUACAUCUCAAUGUACCUCUUCAGGGUCACCAUCACGCCUGAAAUCCCAAAGGAGGCUCCUCUUUGGGUCAAAGUCCUCCAUCCUGUGUCUGUGCUCCUCGGUGUCUCUGAAAGAGAGAUCUGGAUUCUCUUUCUCGGUGCCAUGUUUGGAUUUUCCUCCUACGGACCAAUCGCUCUGUUCGGUGUGAUUGCAAGCGAAUGUGCGCCCCCCAACUUUUGCGGAACCUCCCACGCUAUCGUAGCUCUGAUGGCUAACAUGGGGGCUUUUGUUGCUGGUCUUCCCUUCAGCACUGUAGCCAAACAACACAGCUGGGACAUGGCGUUCUGGGUUGCCGAGGUCUUAAUGGCUGUCACAACCGUUUUGUUCUUCCUGGUUCGCAACAUGCGCACCAAGAUGGGAAGAAGAGAGAAGAUGGAAUAAAGUACACUGUUAAUGUUGUUACUCACGGUAACGGUGCUGCGUACAUCAUAAUGCACAUAAAUGCCACAUCAAAUCUCCUCGUGCACAUUGAACUCAGGGUUGAUUUAUUUAAUUGCUUAGAAUGUGAAAACUAAGAAUUUGACCGCCUGCUGAUUUUGUAAGUUUACCCCCCCAUACAAAAAUAUUUAUUUACAUACAGAAAGCAAUACAAAAUACAUAUAAUUGAUAAAUACAAUGGCUAAAUGAACAUUUAACAUGGCAGACGUUACUUUCUUUAUUGAAUUUAUUAGUGUUUGUCACCUUCUUUAUCAAAAUGCUGACAUGGUGGCUUGUUUUGUAGUACUGAGACCGAAUCACCGAUGCGUGGGAUUCUUUGUUUAGGCACAUGAUUCCGCGGAAUGAUAGGCAGUAAAAUAUGGAGGUUCAUUUUUGUCCGUAAAAUACAGUGUUUUAGAAUACAAUGUAUAAAAAUUCAGUGCAGAAAAAAAUAUUGCUUCAAAACACAAGACCCACUUCUAUGGAGGUUAAUGUGUGUCUUUAUUACCAAAGCUUCUUUUUACAACGAAUUUAUGUAACUGAAGUUUUUCGCGUUUUAAUUUAGGGAACUGAAUAUUAAAACACUGCAUUUUAACAGCUGAAUGUUUAAACACAUGCAUUUGCUCACACAUUUGCAUUCUGUAAAAUUGUCAGCAUAUUUUGAUGUUAAUUUAUGGAGGUUCAUAUGUGUCUUUAUUACAAAAGCUUUUUUUGACACUGAAUUUAUAAAACACAUUUUUUUGCAUUUGAAUUUUGUGAACGGAUUUUUUUUUUUUUUUACAUCAAAUGAUGCUGACAAUUUCAACUGAAUAAAAAUUUGAGAGAAAAAUUGUGUUUGAAUAUUAAGUUUGGAAAAAUUCAGUGCAGAAAUAUUUAUCGCUUCAAAACUCAAGACUCACUUCCGGUAAAUCCAGACUGAAGCAAUCGAGCUUGCCUUAGAACCAGCCAAUAAGGUGUCACGUUUGAAGACACGUGACACAUGUCGAAUAUUUCUGAGCUGAAAUUUUACACACUGAAUUUUAAAGCACAAAUUUUGCUCACAAAUUAUAAUCAAUUAAAUUGUCAGCAUAAUUUGACUUUAAAAAAUCAGUGUACAAGAUUCAAACACAAACAAAUUCAGUUGCUAAAGUCAGUGCAAUGUUUUGCCAAAAAUUAACUGCUAAAAAUGAAUCGUAAAAAAACUGAGGUGCCAAAGUCAUUACUGUUUGAUACCAAUGCAAAAACUUAGUUUUCAACAUGUUCUUACUUCCUGUUCAACCACACAGGCACACAAUAUUAUCUAUUUUAAUGCUUCCGCCAAUUUCUAAUACUAGUAUUUUAAAAAUGCUAAAGGUGUAUACCAAAAACAAAAAAGACAUUGACUGCAGGUUAACCUUAUUUUCCGUAUUGAAUGUGUACUGAUGGGGUGUUUGUAUUUUGGAAUAGUUGUCUAAAAUAUAUUUGCACAUAUUUGCUCAUUAUGAUGACAAACAUGCUCAUUAUUAUUAAGGCAAUCAUCACACACUGUUGUUUGUUGGCUGUAUGGAUUCAGAUUUUUAAAAACAUUGGUUUUUUGAGAGAUUGACUGUCAAUUAUGGCUAUACUGUACUAUUGUAUGUACUAUUGUAAUACUACUGUUGUAGGAUACAAAGGACAUAAUACUGGACAUUUUUUAAAA